UUCAGGGUGCAUGAAGCUCUGGCCUACCAUGUUACUAUAAAUCUACCAGGAUCAGCUCUAAUAGACCAAAAUAUUACCUGAUAAUACACAAGUCUAAGCAGGGAGAAAUGGCGAGCAAGAAGACAUUACCUAAACUAAAGACGGAUCCGAAGAUUAAAUACAAACCACCCGGGUGCAUAGACGCGACACGGCUUGGCAUCCAGAAGAAACAUAUGAAAGAUACACCAUAUAUCCUGGUAGCUGCUAUCGACUUUGGAACAACUUUCUCUGGUUACGCCUUUUCGACACAGUACGAGUAUAAACGGUCACCGUUAAAGGUGUCAAACAUGAAUUGGACUGCAGCAUCAGGCAACCUUUUGUCUUUGAAGACUUCCACGUGCAUUUUGUUCAAACCAGAUGGCAGUUUCCAUUCUUUUGGAUUCGAUGCAGAAGAUAAGUACGCUGACCUGCUCGACCAACAGAAACAUCAGUCCUGGUACUUUUUUCGACGAUUCAAAAUGAGCCUAUACGAACAGGAUAUUACAAGGACAAUGAAGAUAAGCGAUCAGAAUGGAAGGGAUAUGCUGGCAAUGAAUGUGUUUUCAAGCUCGAUCCGAUUUCUGAAGGAGCAUUUACUGGCAAAAUGCCAGGAGAGAGGCACAGAGGUCCUGAUGUCAGACAUACGAUGGGUUCUGACUAUGCCGGCUAUCUGGAGCGACAAGGCAAAGCAGUUCAUGAGAGAGUGUGCUGAAAAGGCUGGGAUACCAGGUCCACAACUGGUAAUGUCGCUUGAGGCUGAAGCUGCCGCUCUCUACUGCAAAUACCUCCCAGUCAGUGAUAUGACUGUCGGCAAAGCUGGCAACAUCUCUAUCUUCAAACCGGGGGCCAAAUACAUGGUGCUGGAUGUCGGUGGAGGAACUGUCGAUAUCACGGUCCAUCAGGUUGAGGACGGGCUGCAGCUGAAGGAAAUCCACAUGGCAAAUGGUGGAGAUUGGGGAGGAACAAUGGUAGACACAGAAUUUGAAAAGUUGCUGGUCAACCUUUUGGGACAUGAUGUUUUUGAGAAAUUCAAACGUGAGAAUGUUUCAGAUCUAUUGGAACUUCAAAGAAGUUUUGAAACCAAAAAGAGAUGCAUACAUUCUUCUUCUGACUCGAAGAUAACCUUCACACUCCCAUGCAGUUUGCUUGAUAUCUUUGAAGAGAUAAAUCCAGGAAAAUCCGUAGAAGACAGAGUGGCAACCAGUAAAGAUUAUGCAAAUAAUCUGACCUGGAAAAGUGACAAGCUGCGCAUUAAAUCAGAUAUUGCUAAAACUUUGUUUGAACCGUCUGUCCGCAAGAUCAUAGAUCAUGUCAAGGAGCUCCUUCAGAAGCCAGAGGUAGCGGACAUCGACGCCAUCAUCUUAGUAGGUGGAUUCGCCGAAUGUCCUAUUCUUCAUAACGAAUUAUCAACAACGUUUCAAAAUAAAAGGCUCGUAAUUCCAAACCAAGCUGGACUUGCAGUACUCAUUGGAGCUGUCAUCAAUGGCCAUGAGCUAGAAGCUGUUACCGAGAGGAUCAGCAGACUUACCUAUGGCGUUGGUGCGAGUGUACCUUUCGUACUUGGAUUACAUGAUCCGCGGUUAAUGGUUUUAGGAGAAGAUGGCAUGCCACUCUGUGCCAAUGCUUUCUGUACACACGUGAGGGUUGGGAAUGCAGUACCUGUCGGCCUCAGAGGCGAAUCACAACGCUAUAAGGUAGUUUCACGAGAUCAGAAAACGCUCCCAGUGCGGUUGUUCACAACCAAAGAUACGAAUCCAAUGUACGUUUUGGAGGAGGGCGUUGAAAGUAUCGGAGAGCUGAUUGUUGAAAUGCCCGACACGACAAGAGGAUUGGAUAGGGGAGUGGAUGUGGUAUUAACGUUUGGUGGAGCGGAGAUCGAAGUCGCAGCGUUCGACAUGCACACGCAGAAGGAAACCAAUGCCUAUUUUAACUUUCUAGGAUAACUAUACUAUAUUGAAAGACUGAUAAGUCAAUAUUUUUUGACAGAAUAUGCACAAAUUAGACAGAGAUGUUCCAACAAAUACCGAGAUGAUAUAAAUUAACUUUUUUUAUUUACGCUGAUGUGUACCAUUACUGAUAUACAAAUGUGGAAAGUAUAACAAUUCAACUUGGCAGCUAUAACACAACUUGUUUACAGAAUUUGUAUUCAUUUGCAAUCAUAUUUACUGUCAAAGUCAUGUAGAUUCGAUUCUAGGUCAUUGCUGGAAUGAAUAUUUAUCAAACCUCUGAAAUCCACGAGUCAAUCCAAACCCACUUAUUCUGGCCGAAUCGUUCUUAGAAAAUUUCACACAGUUUUCAAUCGACAAACAACGAAUCCUGGAGACAACUCGGUUAGGUAAUACACGUAGGAACCAUAAGUGAAAUAGCAUUCGAUCUAUUUCAGGAGUUGUAAUGAGGUAUUUUUGUGACAUUCAAUUUAUAUCAGACAUUGCAAUGUUAUUAAAUAUGUUUGUGACAUUCUAUCUAUUUUUUAUAUUGUAAGCAGAUAUGUUUGUGAUAUUUUUACUCUCUGUUCAAUCUAUCUAGAAUUGAAUUUAAUCGAAUGAAAUAAAAUUGAAAUUGUCCAUUCACGCCUUCUUUUUAAAUCGCAUAUGAUCAGCUGUUACGUAUCGUCCUGGCUGUGUGGAGUAUGGUGUGACAUACGUUAUCAGAAAUGAUACAAUUGUCAUUAAUGACCUCAUUCUCUUACAUAGUUCUCUGUAUCACAAAUAUUUAACUUUGCUUGAAAGAUUCAACACUGAUCAAUCCUAGAACGAUUUAAACAUUUUUGGAGAGAUGGUGUUUUCACACAAAGAAACCAGAGCAUAUAAUAGUCAGUCUAGUUAUUGUAUAAAACAAUGUUUCGGUUAUAUUGAACUAUAAAUAUUCCAAUAC